AUGGCUCAGAUGCGGACAAUGGAAGCAUCGACUCCCGCUGACACGGACAGAGCCGACCGCGAGAUCUCGUCGAGGCCUCAGGAUAAUGAUGCUUUCUCUCAGACGAAUCCCGCGAUCGCAAACAACUCCCCGGAAAUUUCUGAGACCGAUUUGGCCGAAGACCUGAGAAAUUGUGAUGGACUGCAGGAAAACAAGGAAAACCCGAGGCCUUCCUCCUCCGAUGUCCCGUACAGCGUUCUCCCACCGGGAGAGAAGGCAUUUGUGAUUGUGGUGGGAUCCUUUGCCGCCUUGAUCUCUCCACUAUCAAGUAGCAUUUAUCUGCCCGCACUCAAUUCCCUAGCUCGGGACAUGGACGUUUCGGUCUCCUUGAUCAACCUCACGAUCACAACCUAUCUGAUAUUCCAAGGAUUGGCCCCUUCCUUUGUCGGCAGUUUUUCCGAUGGGCAUGGUCGACGCCCUGCUUACAUUGUUGCUUUCAUCAUCUACCUUGGUGCCAAUGUUGGCCUUGCGCUUCAGAGCAGCUAUCCAGCCCUGAUGGUCCUGCGUUGUCUUCAAUCCUCCGGGAGUAGUGGGACUAUCGCGCUCGGUAGCGCUGUUGUGGCAGAUUUGACUACCCGGGCAGAACGAGGUAAAUACAUUGGAUAUGCCGGAAUGGGAAUCGCCUUGGGGCCUGCCCUCGGGCCUAUCAUCGGCGGGCUGCUCGACCACUUUCUCGGCUGGAGAGCUAUCUUCUGGUUCCUAGUCAUUCUCUCCGGGACCUUUUUCAUUGUCAUCCUCAUCGUCUUCCCGGAAACAUGUCGUGCCGUGGUCGGCAAUGGCUCUGUACAGCCCCCCGCAUGGAAUCGGCCCGUAUGGGUUCUUCUGGUAUCCGGGACGCGAUUUCAUCAACCCGAUAGGAUUCCGGACCACACUACGAUCCAGCAGCUGAAGCAUCGACCUAACCCGAUCUCUUCGUUACGGAUCGUGGCACAGAAAGAAGCCGGUAUGAUUCUGUUGUAUGGAGGUCUAUUGUUCUCAGGAUAUAUGGCUGUGCUCAGUACCCUGUCGACUCAGUUGAGUAGUCGGUUUGGCUUCAAUUCCAUCCAGAUUGGAUUAUGCUACCUGCCCCUGGGACUUGGAAGCAUCAGCUCUCGUUGGACAGUGGGGACGCUACUCGACUGGAACUUCCGGCGUGAAGCCCGUCGCCAGGGCAUGGCGAUUCAGAAAAAUCGGCAGCAAGAUAUCACCCAAUUCAAUAUCGAGCAUGCACGAUUGGCGAUUACAUUACCCAUGAUCUACUUGGGGGCACUCUGUAUCCUUGCCUAUGGGUGGGUGAUGCAGUACCGCACCUCCCUGGCGGGUCCCAUUGUGAUGUUGUACUUGACGGGCCUCACGACCACCGGCGCCUUUAACACCCUGAACACGCUUGUGGUGGACAUCAAUCAUGGCAGUGCGGCAACCGCCGUCGCUGCCAACAAUCUGUGUCGGUGUCUGAUGGGAGCCGGCACUACGGGCUUUGUGGCGCCCUUGAUUGACGCCAUCGGUAUCGGAUGGACCGCCACCAUGGUCGCGGGACUGUGGAUCGUGUGUAGCCCCCUUCUGUGGGUGGUGUUUCUCCGUGGUUAUUCUUGGAGGCAAACUGAAGCAAGGCAGCGAGGCCAGGAAUUAGAGACAGCGCGAACAUAG